UUGACUUUCUUCUAGAUCUUUACAACUCUUGCUGGAAAAUGCCCAAAGUCAAAAGAAGCCGGAAAGCUCCUCCAGAUGGUUGGGAAUUGAUCGAACCAACACUGGAUGAACUAGAUCAAAAGAUGAGAGAAGCUGAAACUGAACCCCAUGAGGGAAAGAGAAAAGUGGAAUCUCUGUGGCCCAUUUUCAGAAUCCAUCACCAGAACACGCGAUAUAUAUUUGACCUGUUUUAUAAGCGGAAAGCCAUUAGUAGAAAGCUCUAUGAAUACUGCAUUAAAGAAGGCUAUGCAGACAAAAACCUAAUUGCCACGUGGAAAAAGCAGGGCUACGAGAAUUUGUGCUGCCUACGCUGCAUUCAGACCAGGGACACCAACUUUGAGACGAACUGCAUUUGCCGGGUUCCGAAAAGCAAGCUGGAAGUGGGUCGCAUCAUCGAGUGCACGCACUGCGGUUGCAGAGGUUGCUCUGGCUGA